AUGGGCAAGAAGAAGCGGCGUGACGACGGCGGCGAGGCCUCGCAGCAGCGCCGCAUCUUCUGCUACUACUGCGACCGCAACUUCGACGACGAGAAGGUGCUGAUCCUGCACCAGAAGGCGCGCCACUUCAAGUGCCCCACCUGCCACAAGAAGCUCAGCACCGUCAGCGGCAUGCUCAUCCACACGCAGCAGGUGCACAAGGAGAGCCUCAAGAGCAUCCCGAACGCCAAGCCGGGCAAGGAGAGCGUGGAGGUCGAGGUCUACGGCAUGGAAGGCGUGCCAGACGCGGAUGGAGGAGUCACCAAGAAGCCUAGGCUGGAUGCACAUGGCCCACCAAUGAUGGGAGGUUAUCCGGGUCGAGGCAUGCCGCCUCCACCGUUCAUUGGCGGCCGACCGCCUCCUCCGAUGCAGUAUCCGGGUGCCCCUGGUGUCGGGAUGCCGAUGCGGCCCCCUCCUCCUGGGAUUGGAGGCGCUAUUCCGCCACCUCCGCCUAGAGGUUCUCCUGGCGGUGUCAUGCCGCCUCCUCGAAUGGUAGCACCGCAGGGCUACCCGGGAUAUGGUGGUGUUCCGCAGCCGUGGGCAAGAGGUCCGCCGCCUCCGGGCGCCGUGGUGCCACCUCCUCAAGUCGGUCUUCCAUACGCGGGUCAACCAGUGCCCAUGGGAGUGCCGCCGCCCGGAGUGGGAGCUCAGGGCACGACAGUGAGCAAUACGAACGUGUUCGACGGUGCAGCACAGAAGGCAGUGAAAAAUGACCUCGGGCUUGUGUAUUCCGACGAAAAGACAUCCAUGGAGGAGAAGCGCGCACUCCGACCGAAGUACGCAUACAAGCCAUUAGGGGCGACUGCCUCCGCCAGCGUAGAAGGAGCAGCAUGA